AUGAACGCUCAGGUCUCGUUCCUCGAUGGCCACUACACCCUCAUCCACAUCCCCCUCGACCUGUACUCGGUACUCCUGCAACCCAUUCUCCGCGUCCUCCUCCCGCAGACCCAGACCCUCAAGGCGUCAAAAGGCGAGCCGGAACAUGAGUUAGAAGGCCUCAACGCUGAGAGCCAGCAUGGCUUCCUCAACAUCAGCGUCACUCCCAUGGAGUGCUCCAUUGUCUGCCACAGCUCGUGGGCCAAGAACGUUUUUGAGCCGGCAAUUCAGGAUCUCCCAAAAGAUCUUGCCAAAUCCGUAUCGAUAUCCAAAGACACCUAUCUCGUGCUCUCCGUUAUUAGCGCCGGCAUGGACGCGGCGGGCCGUGUUAUGGAAUUGACGUCUCCUCUGGCCCUCGCCGGGAUUCCCAUCUUCUUCAUCACCACAUACUACUCCGAUUUCAUUCUCGUACCGAGCAAGGACAGGCAAACGGUCGUCAAGGCCCUAUUGGCUCGCGGAUUCGAGCUGGCCGACAACGACUCCAACUUUGUCAGCCCCGCCGCCUCGAUACACUCCCGCGGAUCGAGCCAGAACAACGGCCCUCCGUUGACCCCGCCGCCCUCCACGAUCGCUGAGCUGCAAGUGCGCACUUUUGACCUGCUGAAGAAGCGGAGCGUCGCGCCCUACGUUGAGGACAACCUGCUCCUUGUGCAGUGCUCGGGCCGGGAAACCUCGCAGCUUGGGGGCGAACUGUCCCACACUCAGCGACCUUCGCUGAGUCGCCAGGUGACAGGCAACAGCCACCGCCAGACGUGGCUGGACAACAUUGACACGAAGCUGUACACCGCCAUGAUCUCGGCCCUGGUGGCGCGACCGCGCUUCCUCUCCAUCACUCUGGCCCAGGAGGACCCGCCGUCAUUGUUGCUGGAUAAGUCGCUGCUCGGUCUCUUUGGCGAUUCACUUGUUGGUGACACCAAGACGAACCUCACGCCAAUCUUCCUGGAUCUUGAAAGCCUGCCGUUCGAAGCCACUGGUAUCGUCUGUGGUGUGGCUGGCACCCUGGUGCAAGAUAUGCGCACAGGAGACAGCGCGGGACUCUCCUAUCUCUCCACCGCCCGAGCCGGUGCCGUUAUUCUCGAUUGUGAACAGUCGAUACUCGCACUCGACAUCCUCAAGCCCAAGCUAUUCAAGGCCUGA